AAGUGGGGGGUUGACUGAGUUAAUACAGCACUUUAAAAAUUUUUUCCAAAUCAAGAAUUUUUUUUUUUCACCUGAAAAAAAGCCCUCAAACUUCAAGCAUAAUAUAGGCUCGCCACGAACCCACAAGAUUAAGAUGCUGUGACGCUGUCUUCUUCUUCUUCUUCUCAAGAUGUACUAUAAAAAAUUAUAUCCCAUUCAUAAACGUUUCUCAUCUGUUAUUACUUUCCGGAAAGCCGAGUCUAUCCAUACAAUCUCCAGGAACAGUUUAAUCAGUCCACUUACUUCAUUCCAGAACACAGAAGAGCUUGAACUACUCUUGCAAACUUGUUCUGAUCCUUCCAAUCUCCUACAAGCCAAACAAAUUCAUGCCCACUCCAUUGUUCAUGGCAUCACCAACAAUGGCCUACUGGGAGCUAAGAUUUUGGGCACUUAUGUUCUUUGUAAUAAUUUUGUUGAUGCUAAGAAAAUGUUUUACCAGCUUAAAUUAUACUUUGCCAUGCCCUGGAAUUGGAUGAUCAGAGGGUUUAUUAAAUUGGGUCGCUCUGAUUUUGCCUUGUUGUUUUACUUUAAAAUGUUGGGUUGUAAAGUUUGUCCUGAUAAGUAUACUUUUCCUCCGGUUAUUAGGGCUUGUAGUGGUUUGAAUAAUGUGAGAUUGGGUAAGAUGGUUCAUGAUACGAUGUUGUUGAUGGGUUUCAAUGUAGAUGAGUUUGUGGGUAGUUCAUUGAUAAAGCUGUAUGCAGAGAAUGGUUGUAUAGAAGAUGCACGUUGUUUGUUUGGUAAAAUGCCUCAUAAAGAUUGUGUUUUAUGGAAUGUGAUGCUUAACGGUUUUGUCAAAUGUGGGAAAUCGAAUAGUGCCAUACAGGUGUUUGAGGAAAUGAGAAACAGUGAAACUAAGCCCAAUCCAAUUACAUUUGCUUCUAUUCUUUCCCUCUGUUCUUCAGAGGCAAUGCUCCAAUUUGGCACUGAGCUUCAUGGGCUUGUUGUUAUUUGUGGGUUUCAGUUUGAUCCUCUAGUCGCCAACACGCUUGUGGCAAUGUAUUCUAAAUGUGGGCAGUUGUUUGAUGCGCGUAAAUUGUUUAAAAUAAUGCCGGAGACUAGCGUUGUGACUUGGAAUGGGAUGAUUGCUGGUCAUGUACAAAAUGGGUUUAUGAACGAGGCCUCACAUUUGUUCUCUGAGAUGAUAGCUGCUGGUGUUAAACCCGACUCUAUUACAUUAGCUAGUUUCCUUCCAUCAGUUGUUGAAUCAGCCAAUAUCAAGCAAGGUAAGGAAAUUCACGGUUAUGUAUUGAGACAUGGUGUAAAUUUAGAUAUAUUCUUGAAGAGCGCACUUAUUGACAUAUACUUUAAGUGCAGGGAUGUAAAGAUGGCUUGCAAAAUUUUUAACCAAAGUACCUUAAUUGAUAUUGUAGUCUGCACUGCCAUGAUUUCAGGCUAUGUGCUCAAUGGGUUGAACUAUGAAGCUUUAGAUACUUUUAGGUGGUUACUUGAAGAGAAAAUGUGUCCAAAUGCUGUAACUUUGGCAAGUAUUUUACCUGCUUGUGCUGGUUUGGCUACUCUGAAAUUGGGAAAAGAAUUGCAUGCUAACAUCAUCAAGAAUGGGCUUGAUGGGAAGUGUCAUGUGGGAAGUGCGGUGGUAGACAUGUAUGCAAAAUGUGGAAAGCUGGAUCUUGCACAUCAGGUUUUUAGUAGAAUGUCUGAAAAGGAUGCUGUUUGUUGGAAUGCAAUGAUCACAAAUUGUUCCCAGAAUGGCAAACCACAGGAGGCCAUUCAUCUUUUUCAUCAAAUGGGGAUGCUAGGAAUGAGUUAUAAUUGUGUGAGCAUAUCAGCUGCCCUUUCUGCUUGUGCAAACUUACCGGCACUUCGUUAUGGGAAAGAGAUUCAUGGUUUCAUGAUCAAAGGAACAUUGAACUCUGAUCUUUUUUCAGAGAGUGCACUAAUAGACAUGUAUGGGAAAUGUGGAAACUUAAGUACUGCUCGUCAAGUGUUUGAAAUGAUGCAAGAGAAGAAUAAAGUUCCAUGGAACAGUAUCAUUGCUGCUUAUGGGAGCCAUGGUCACCUUGAGGACUCUCUUGCCCUGUUCCAUAAAAUGUUGCAAAAUGGAAUUCAACCUGAUAAUAUAACUUUUCUUACUAUACUGUCUGCUUGUGGGCAUGCUGGACAGGUUGAUAAAGGAAUUCAGUACUUCAGAUGCAUGACCGAGGAAUAUGGUAUCCCAGCUCAGAUGGAGCAUUAUGCUUGCAUGGUAGAUUUGUUUGGCCGUGCUGGCCGUUUGAAUGAAGCAUUUGAAACCAUAAAAAGCAUGCCGUUCUCACCUGAUGGAGGCGUUUGGGGGACAUUGUUGGGAGCCUGUAGGCUUCAUGGGUAUUCUGAGCUUGCUGAAGUGGCUUCAGGACAUUUACUUGACUUGGAUCCAGAAAAUUCUGGUGGCUAUGUACUGCUUUCAAAUAUACAUGCCGAUGCUGGACAAUGGGGAAGUGUACGCAGGAUACGAAGUUUAAUGAAAGAACGAGGAGUUCAGAAAGUACCUGGGUACAGCUGGAUUGAGAUCAAUAACAUCACACAUAUGUUUUUUGUUGCAGAUGGAAGUCACCCCCAGUCUGCUCUCAUCUAUUCAUUGCUAAACAAUCUUCUUUCAGAGAUGAGGAAAGAGGGUUAUGUUCCUCAAUCUUACAUUCAAAUGCACCCACAAACUUCUGCGUUGUCAUGAUUGGAAUAUUUUUUUAUCAUGUACUGCCAUUGGGGAAGCUUGAAGGAAGACAUAUCUUCGUGUGUGAACCAUGGUAGGUUGGAAAUCACAAAUUUCCCGAAGGCUUAGUGUUAAAGCAGCUGCAACUUAGCAAUUGGAAUACACAAGAGUGGGAAGGACGUUGAUACCCCUAUAGUAUAGCUUUGGUAGAAAGGUAAGACAAAGCCGCUUCUCAUUUUCUGAUACACCAUACCUUCUGACAUAAGAGGUUCAAGCUUUAUUUAUGUUUUGCACCGUUUUUCAACCGCUGAUUUCAAAGCCAUAAACGUAAAAGCAUUGUUAGCAUAAAAGAGGAAUAUGCUGAUGGUGAAAAUUUACUAAAAAGUUGGAAAGGGCAGAACAUUGAAGUAGAGGAAUUUGGUGUAAGAGACAAUAUUGGUUGCUUUAACACAAAUCAUCUCCAAAUUGAUGAAAACAUUGAUAAUGAAAUUGUGGAUAAAAAGGGAUUAAAAAGAUUUCUUGGUUAUGAUGGUGAUGGUGGUGAUUAUUUGCAAAGUGGAAAUAGAUACCUUUAAAAUUUGUGAGGAAUGCAAUGAUGGCUGGAUAUGCGCACCAAGAAUGAGAGAUCAUCCUUGCUAAGAGGCGCUGAUAUCUGGGAUUGUUGGGAUGAGAUUUUUAGUCCUUUGGAUCAGCAUGUAGAGUGUAAAUCAGUUGUUCAACUUUUUGUGAUAUGGCACAUAUGGAAAAGUAGGAAUGCUAGUCUUUAUCAAUUCUCAGUCGGGUUGGCAAGAAACAGUUUUUGCAGCUCAGUCACUUCGAUAGGUUUGGAGCCUCAAAUGCUAUCCAUAGAUCUCCUGGUUUUGCCAUGGCUGAAAGAAUUACAGUCCGACAUCCUGGAUGCCGCGACAGGGCAAUACCAUUAAACUUAACUUUGAUGCAGCUGUAGACAAAAAAUGGGAACGAGGGAGCAGUUGCAGUUGUAGCCUGAAAUAACACUGGUACUCACUCCACUGUUUUGGCACUGUGAGCUAUUCAACUCCAUAUCAGAUACUCUGAUUCUUUGGGCAUUGGCUUGUCGGGAGACUAUUUUUGGCAGUAAACAAAGGCAUUCAUUCAGUUUUAGUAGAGGGAGACCUGGAUAGUGAUCCAAAGCUUUCUCGGCCAAUCUAGUCCAUGGGAUAUUCAAGGCGUUGCAUAGAUAGGGCUUUUUGCAAAAUUAGGGGUAGGAGAAGAAUUAUUUGUGAAUUUAGGGUUGAAAAAAAAUUAUUUGUGGAUUUGGGGUUAGACCGUCAGGUGGCAGCCAUUUUUUUUUCUUUUUAAG